UAAUCAAAUAAAUCCAACUUUUUAGAAAAUAAUUUUUUGUCUACUUUGAAUAAAUUUUUUUUUUUGGUUAAUUUAGUGCAAAAAUGAAUUUUACAAUCCUAUUAUCUGUAAAGAUGUAUAAUUUAGAAAAAUAUUUUAUCAUUGUUUUUAAUGAAAUCACAUUUUAAAUAAAUUGCUUCUGAAAAAUGAAAUAAAUGGGACUUAUUUGGAUGUUGUAAAAAGCUCUUCAAUUAAAAAAAAAAAACUUAUAAUACCAUUAGAAUCAAAGCAAUUUAUUCGUUUAAUUUCUACAUGCAUCGUUCUAAUUAAAAGAAGAUACAUAAGUAUCAUAAGAAAACUGAUAAAAUGUACUUGAGAGAUAAUAAUUACAUAAGUUUUCGAAGCUUAAAAUGUCAUUACUAUGCUAAUUUAAAUACUGUCUAUUUUGAAGUAGUCUAAUAAUUUCUUAAAUAAUUUUUGUAUUGUUUUAAGUAUUUGGUAUUUUUUAUUAUUAGAGUUGCGUGUCUAAUUUUAUGUAUUAGUGAAAAUUAAAUCCAAAUUACGAUGGUUUUAGCAAUUUUAGAAUCCUGUAAACAAGUAUUGAAAGAUUCACAAGAUGUAAAAAUUAAUUAUUCAAGGAUUCCAUAUUUAGCCAAUAAAAUUUGUGAAAAAAUACUUAAUGGAAUAUUGGUGCCAGAAGAGUUCAAAAAAAGUCCAUUACAUCCUAAAUUUGAAGAUGAGGGUGCCGUUAACUGGAUAUUUAUUAUUGAUUCUUUAAAUUUCUGUUUUUUUGAUCCUAAUAAUAAACGUCAUUGGACUGUAACAUGGAAAAAUGAAAUAUAUACUGGAUAUUUUGGAUUGUGUGCAGCAAUUAACAAAGCUAUAGAAGUUAGCCUGAAAGGAAUUAACUUAACUGAUAUGAAAAUUUGCAAAAAUUUAACCAAAGAACAAUUUUAUGAAAUAUUGUUGGGAGAUGAUGGAACAACUUUACCAUUAUUAGAAGAAAGAUAUUUAUGUUUGCAACAGUCUGCUGAAGUUCUAUUGAAAAAAUAUAAUGGCGAUUUCAAAAACUGCAUUGUAAAAGCUAAUCAGUCAGCACAAAAACUUUUAGAAAUAAUAUCUGCAAAUUUUCCUUAUUUCCGAGACGAAUCAAUUUAUAAUAAUGAAAAAGUACUUAUUUAUAAAAGAGCACAAAUAUUAAUUGCUGAUAUUUGGUCAUCAUUUGGCGGAACUAGCUUAGGGACAUUUCAUGAUAUUGAUUCAAUAACUAUGUUUGCAGAUUACAGGGUUCCACAAGUUUUAUUAUAUUAUGAGGUGUUAGAAUACUCUAAAAAAUUGAAAGAUAAAUUAAUAAAUGGUACAUUAUUGUUACAUGGACAUCCAGAAGAAGUUGAAAUAAGAGCAGCUUCUAUUGUUGCUGUUGAUUUUAUUGUAUUUGAAAUAAAACAAUUACUGGUGAAAAGCAAUAGUACUAAAAUUUGUAACUCUAUUAUGGUGGAUACUUAUUUAUGGGGAUUCCGUAGAGAAAAUGCUGCUAUGUUAGAGAACACUCCAUAUCAUAAAACAUUAAACAUUUUUUACUAAAUUACCAAAACAUUGAUAUCAUAAUAAUUAGGUAUUUAACUAGUUAACAACUUUAUUCAAUUUUAUUUUAAGUUCAUAUUUUUAACAAAAUAAAUUACUUUUAUCUAUAA